AUGGCCCAAACAAGUCCCUCUCCUUCACUUACUUCUAGUACUCAUUCAAGUGCAUCCCCUACAACUACAGGAAUGAGUACAACUUUGAGUGCUUCCACAUCAACUCCAACAACUGCACCAACCAGUUUAGCAUCAAGUACGAGUAGCUCAACCCCAACAUCUAAUGCAACAACUCCACCACCUACGACAUCCAACUCUCCAUCUGUAUCACCUUCAUCUGCUUCAACUAUCGGAACUACUUCACCAUCUACAACUGCUGCGGUUACUACAGCUCCUAAUAAUUCAAGUGGAAAUUCAAGCACAUCAGCUCCUAGUGUAACAAAUCCAGGAACUAUUUCACCAUCUACUCAAACUUUUGUAACAUCUUCACCUUCAAGUACAACUCAAGCUCUCAUAGGUGCAUCAUCUCUUUCUUUUGUUCCUUACAUUUCUCCUUUUCUAAUAGUUAUUAUUAUGAUAAUAGUUUAUUUUUACUGUAAAGUAAGUUCUCAUUUAAAAAUAUAUUGUAUUUUAAUUUUUCUUCAAUUAUAA